AGCAUACUGUGCAGACUGCUGUUGCUGUUGUAGAUGUAGUUGGGUAAAUGAGACAGUAGGUAUCAGUGUUUCCCCUUUGUACCCUCUUCACCCAAGCAGAUGGCUGAGGGUGCUUUGUAGUCAUGUCCCAUGAACUUCUGCAUCCGUUCACAGCACUAAAUCAAGACCUUGUCCCUCAGGCUUUGGCCAAGGCCAGUCUCUCUCAUUUUAUCCUCUGUUAAUUGCAUAAAGAUGCCUUAGAUCACAUCUUUGCUUGUGGAGGCACAUGCAAAGAAACUAGAACAGGCUGGAAUGGGAUCAGAUCUUAGCAAAAAGAUGCUGGCCAGCCACACAAGUGGGAGUGUUAGGCUGGCUUAGCUGUGUCUGGGAUUACAAUGUCACAGUUGCCUGGGGUAUAAUACAGGCUGAUCUAAGAGGUGGUGGGCUCUCUGUGCUGUGAUCUCUACACAGAGCUGGGGCUGCUCCUCCCUUGAUUUGGGGAGGAAGGAGGUACAGUGGCUGAGCUGCCACCCUUCCCAUCUGAGUGGGGAUGGAUCCAUGUUAGCUGGGAGAGGACAUGACGGUAACUGGUGUGGUGUUUUUCAGAUUGAUGGACUGGAGGAGAAGCUGGCACACUGCAGGCAGAGCAUGGAGGAGGUGGAUCUUAAACUGCGCAGGGAGAAGCUCAGCCCUGAAGGAAGAAAGUCACUGGAGAGAGAGAGAAACUUACUAAUGACCAAAGCUGACAACUAUGAGAAAGAACUGAGCAUGCUUCGUAAGGAAAAUCGCAAGAAUGCCACCCUUGCUGUGGCCUUGGGGUUGCUGAUUGCUCUUAUUUAUGCCUGCUGGACGAUACUUGUUGUAGGGAAGCAUUUUCUCUGAGAAUUGAGGGGUACAGGAGACAAACCAGAAAUUGGAAAUCAGGUCAAGCAGAGCUCAAGGUGCUGCUGUCUCACCCAAUAUGCAGUCAAGACCAUCCAGCCUGAUGGAGGAAGGCAAUACAUUCUCCCUUUUGAAGAGGACUUCUGUGGUUGCAGACAAGUGCUCUCUGCCCAGCUCAGUCAAAAUACAUGCCACUUUCUUGGUUCCUGUGACUUCAGCCAUAAGCUGAAGGGACACCAAGUUCUUUGAUUCAAAGAGUAACUUGGGUAUUGUGACCUAAAGACUCUACAUGUCCCCAGAGCUGAGCUAAACAAAGAUGUUUCCUCCUCCACACUGACUUACAGCACCAAAGGAAUCCUACCUCCACAAAAACAGAGGGGAGGUGGGUAUCUCUUUCUGCAAGCAGGUAGCAUCCAACUUGGUAUCUGGGUGCUUGGGCUUUGAGAAGAUCGACCUAUCUCUCCAGUGCAUCAGAGCUUGGUAGCCAUUUUGCGCAUCUGAGAAUCAACAUUUGGAGAAGAGAAUUUACUAUCAAAUCCCAGGGAUGGAAGUGCUUCUGCAGGGCUUUAAAUAAAGUAA